ACUUCUGCGCCCGAUGGAGAAUUUACUCCUCUUAAUCUUCAACAGCGUGGCUUACAAAUGUUUCAAGAAAUGAAGUUUUCCGACUGUGAAUUCCAACUGACCGAUGAUGAAUCAGCAAUUACGCACUUCAAAGCGCACAGGGCCGUGCUAAUCUACGCAAGCGACGUGUUCCGCUCCAUGUUCCUCGGCCAGUUCCCGAAAGAGGAAUUUGUUACCAUCAAGGACAUCAAACCGAAAAUAUUUUAUUUCUUGCUCAGGUUUGCUUACACGAUGGAUGUCGCCGAGGAGGAAAUUUGUUUUGAGGAUUUGCUCGAGUUAGCUGUUGCCGCGAACAAAUAUCUCAUGUCAAACCUUCAAAAAGUUUGCAUUGACAUCGCACGGAAAAGGCUGACACCAAUCAAAGUUUUUGCCGCCGAGUAUGUCGCAGACUUGCUGGGAGAAAACAAGUUAGUCGAAGAUUGCCACAAGAUAAUUAAAAGUUCGGCAGCGUCCGCCCUUCUGAGCAAGUGUUUCCUGAGCAUCUCAAAGGAGCGGCUGCUGUGCCUGCUCGACAGCGACAAGCUCAACAUUUCCUCGGAAAUGUCGUUGGUCAACGCGUGCAUCCGCUGGGCCAACUUCAAUCACGCGCAAAAUGUCGACGCGACUCUGCGGUCGUUCCUGCCCAAACUGCGCCUGCUGACGCUCAGCCCGCAAGAGUUCUCUGCCAAUAUCGACUCGUUCUCGUGGCUGACGGACUCUGAAAAGGUCGCCGUCUUUGUCAACAUCACGUCGAGGAGGGACUCGAAAAUAGAGAUGCCCUCAGAGUUCUGCUCCAACGAGAACAAAAGGAAUAUCUAGCUUUCCUGAGUGCUAUACUCACUGGAUUGCAGAAAUAAAUAUUUUUCAAACAGAUCUCUUCAGUUUUCAAAUAAGUAAACAUUAUGAA